CCGAUUCUGGUUUUGUUUAGUAAAACUCGUUUCUCUUCUUCUUCUAUUUCUUCCUGGUUCGGUUUCCCAAUCUGGUAGGAAAAACGAUUAUCCUUUUCCAGUAGAGUUUCAUCACAAUUCAGUUUAUAUUUAUCUCCUAUAUAUAUCUUCUCUUUGGAUCGAAAAUUUCUUCAAUUUGAUUUUGAAUUAAAAAUCGAGGUUUAUCUGUGAUCUGAUUAAGAAAAAUGUUUAACGGAAUGAUGGAUCCUGAAUUGAUGAGAAUGGCUCAAGAACAGAUGAGUCGAAUGUCACCAGCAGAACUUGCGAAGAUCCAACAACAGAUGAUGUCAAAUCCCGAGUUGAUAAAAAUGGCUUCUGAAAGCAUGAAGAACAUGAGACCUGAAGACUUGAAAAGUGCUGCAGAACAACUAAAGCAUACUCGUACCGAGGACAUGCUUAAUAUUGGGGAGAAAAUCGCAAAUGCAUCUCCUGAAGAGAUUGCGGCUAUGGGUUCCCAAGCUGAUGCGCGUAUUCAAUAUGAAUUGAGAGGAGCUCAGAUGGUCAAAAAUCAGGGCAAUGAACUUCAUAGCCAGGGAAAAUAUAGUGAGUCCGCGGAGAAGUAUUUACUUGCAAAAAACAACCUUAAAAGCUUGCCUUUUUCGAAGGGCAGAGCACUCCAGUUGGCAUGUUCUCUUAAUCUGAUGUCAUGUUAUUUGAAAACGCACCAGUACGAUGAUUGUGUAAAAGAAGGAUCAGAGGUCUUGCAACAUGAUGCAGUGAAUGUAAAAGCUCUUUAUCGACGGGGACAAGCUUACAAAGAGUUGGGCAUGUUACAAGAUGCAGUCUCUGACUUGAGCAAGGCACUUAAAGUUUCCCCUGAGGAUGAAACCAUUGCAAAUGUCUUAAGGGACGCUCAAGAGAGAUUGUCAAAAGAAGGUGGAGGGCCACGUGCAUCAUCAGGGGGGUUGAAAAUUGAAGAAAUAAUUGAAGAAAAUGUCAAUACCACAUCACUUGAAACAAAUAAAAGUUCUCCACCAAAGGAUAACUCUGUGGCCAAACCACCAGAAUCUGAAAAGGAUUUACAGAAUCAAGUUAGGCCCAAGCCCAAGAUGGGUUCCGCAGCUAAUGCUGAGAAUUUACAGGGUUUAGCAGACAACCCCGAGGCCAUCAGGUCAUUUCAGAAUUUCAUUUCACAAGUUGAUCCUGAUACUCAGGCAUCUUUGGGUGGUUCAAAUGCCGAAGGUGUGCUACCAGACAUGAUUAAGACUGCUUCAAGCAUGAUUGGGAAGAUGUCACCCGAAGAGCUUCAGAACAUGAUUAAAAUGGCUUCCUCAUUUCAAGGUAAAGUUCCAUUUCCAUCUGGGACCAGAGAAGGCGUUGGCAGCAAUUCAAAAGGUGGACCACUUCCACAGGAUUUCUCCCCCGAGAUGCUCAAGUCCGCAUCUGAUAUGAUGGCCAACAUGCCUCCUGAAACUCUUAAGCAAAUGUUUGAAGUCGCCUCUUCUUUGAAUGGCCCAGCUUCCUCGGCAGCAGCACCCAGUGCUAAUAGGUCAAGAUCUGAUAGUGUGUCGAGACACUCGGAAGAAAUUGGAAUUCCAUCUGUAAACAGGAGUAGUGAUAUUGGUGAGAGUAGUUCUUUUCCGGAGUUCCCAAAUUUUGGAGCUGAUCCAUCAUCCACUUCAAGUUUCCCAACUCCAACGGCUGAUAUGCAAGCACAAAUGAGGAACCAAAUGAAAGACCCAGCAAUGCGGCAGAUGCUUACAUCCAUGAUCAAAAAUAUGAACCCUGAGAUGAUGGCAAACAUGAGUGAACAAUUUGGGGUCAAGCUCUCACGAGAAGAUGCAGAGAAAGCUCAACAAGCCAUGUCCUCGUUGUCUCCUGAUGCCUUGGAGAAAAUGAUGAAGUGGGCAGAUAGGAUACAAACCGGAGUAGAAAGUGCAAAGAAGACAAAGAACUGGCUCUUGGGAAGACGUGGCAUGAUUUUGGCGAUAUGCAUGCUUGUUUUAGCCAUCAUUCUUCACCGACUAGGCUAUAUUGGCAGUUAAACAAUGACGUGUCUGGUUCUUCACAUUAAAACUCUUGAGACGAGGAUAGCUUGGUGUCUCCGCCUUAGCAGCAACAUGUCUCGUGUACUAAUCGGGCUACUAAAUGUAUAGCUAUUGGUUGUCCAUUUUCUUUUUGUGUGAAAAUUGGAUGUUGAAUGCAACAGCUCAUAGUAUAAUUCUCUCUCUCUCUCCCCCUUGUUUAAGUAGGAGUCCAAUUGAUCACAAAUGAAAAUGGUAACUUAUAGAGUUGCAACUGGGUGAUGGUAAUCAUUCGAUCGGCAAUAUCUCUGUUUUUUUUGUAACCAUGUAUUCUUUUUCUUUCUUGGAAUCUUGUUUGUCUAACUUGAUCAAUCUGGUUAGAAGUUCAGAAGUUGAAGCAAGUUGAAGAGCAGACAUCAGUAAGCGUUAUUUAUUGUUGUCUCCAUGCUCUGUUUCUGA